AUGAUUUGUGGCACCUGCAUCGGUGCACUUCAUGAUAGAAAAGGAUGGGCUAUUAGCGACCAGGACGAAUCCGAGACGGCAAUUUUACUGGCUCACCACGAGUCUAUUGCCAGUCUCGAAGCAUCUGCUCUGGAAUCCUGCGAGAUAUGCCGCCCGUUCUGGUGGCAAAUAGAUGAGAAUGAGAGGUCCACGCUGAGAGAUUUUGGUACACUAUGGGCUAAACGUCAUGGGGCUGGAGCAAAACCGAGGAUAAAUGGCGAGAAGCUCGACGAUGACGAUUUAGAUGGAUUGGUCACUAUUUGUGCCAUAGUCAACUUCGGUGCGCAGGACGACAUGAAGGCCCUAGGCAUGGACCUGAUGGUGUCUAUAUCUCUUGGGUCAGACUUCGGUGAAGAAUGUCCGCUGAGGAGAACGGAAUUGUAUGGCAGUUACAUCGUUCAAAGGGGAGCAGACCCAGGAAAGAUGAAACCAUUUCUAUCCAACGACACUGCGUCUGAAGAAGCCUGGGGGAAAGCUAUCACGUGGAUGGAGACGUGCUGCUCAGGCCAUCAAUCAUGCAACGCCGAAGCGGCCGCUGAGGCGUGGUACCCCACCAGGCUUUUGGACUUGUCUGCCCCGGACCUAGACCUUGACACUCUUCGUUUGAUUAUUACAUCAGACGAGGCGUUUGCGUGUAAGCAGCGGUACACAACCUUGAGUCACUGCUGGGGCUCGGCGCAGUUCAUUCAGCUCAACAAGUUCACUUAUGCCGACUUUCGAAAAGGGAUCCAGUUGUCUGACUUGCCGAAAACAUUUCGAGAAGCUGUUGAAGUUACUCGACGUCUGGGUAUACGUUACCUCUGGAUCGACUCUCUAUGCAUCCUUCAAGACCGAGACGACCUCUCCGACUGGCUCGUCGAAGCGGGACUAAUGCACAAGGUUUACUCAUACUCAUACUGCAACAUCUCUGCUUCAGGGGCCCAAGAUAGCUCCAAAGGGCUGUUCUUCCAAAGAGAUCCACGGCAGAGUCUCACAGCAAAUGUGACGAUAUGCACUGAGGGGCUUGGCCUUGGCGAAGACUAUUUGGACUGUACUAUUGUGAACAUGGAGUUUUGGAGCCACGCGGUUGGCCAAUGUCCCCUAAACAAACGAGGUUGGGUCUUGCAGGAGCGUCUGCUGUCCCCUCGCGUUCUCCAUUUUGGCCGAGACCAGUUAUACUGGGAAUGCAGAGACCACACAGCAGCCGAGUGUUAUCCAGACGGACUACCCGAAACAUUGCGCAAUACCGCUCUUGUGAAAUUCAAGAGACUGACCCCGACAGAGCCCAGUUCCAAUACUGAUCAAGAAAAUGCUAUUGAUCCAUUCGGAUAUCACCGAAUGUGGCAAUCAAUUAUAUGGUCAUAUUCCGAAACUCAGCUUACCAAGGCCUCCGACAAAUUGAUUGCAUUGUCCGGAAUUGCAAAAUACUUUCAGACAAAGAUGAAGGACACGUAUAUUGCAGGCAUGUGGCUUAGUACUUUGGAAAGCAGUCUACUCUGGGGAGCAAAUCGUGAUGGCCAAAUCGACGGCUCGCCAUCCGUUCGACCUGAUGCAUACCGCGCACCGACUUUCUCCUGGGCCUCCAUAGAUGGGGAGGUAAUUGCCCCUACUUCAACUAGAGAAAACCUUCUCAUUGAGGUUGUUGACUUCCAUCUUGACCAUGAUUCACCGGACACAACCGGCCUUAUUACAGGAGGAUAUCUCGAUCUCAAGUGCCGACCGGGAUCUUUCGAAAUGGUGGUCAACUACGUUGGGAAAUUGCAGCAACUCUUCUUGAAAGUGGACGGCGCCAUCGUAAAAUCUAAGCAUAAGAAAGAUUGGGUCGCUGGUGUGGGAGUGUAUUUGGAUGUCAGCCAGAAGAGCUUCGACGACGAGAACAAGGGGUCUUUGUACUACGUUCCCACGCAAAAGCAGACAACAGCUGGCGUUUUCUUGUCGUAUCUGCUGCUAGUAGCGGAGGAUGAGGCCCAGGCCACGUUCCGUAGGAUAGGGAUCGCGGUGACGGCCGAGGCCGAAGAGAUUGGUCUGCUGAGCACAGUUGAUAAGGAGGUCCGAACGAUCCGGAUUGUCUGA